AUGGUUGGCAAAGCACGCUCCUCAAACUUCACCCUGUCCGAGAAACUAGACCUUCUGCGUCUGGUACAGCCGCACAUUCGCAUUUUGGAAGAGCACACCAACAAGCAUGCGGUUAUUGUGGACAAGAACCGGUGCUGGGAGAGCAUUGCAGAACGCUAUAACAGUUUAGGGGGUGAAAGACCCUCCAGGACUGCGCAGGGGUUGCGUACGCUCUAUAAGAGACUCAAAGAGAGCGCCAAACAGGAGGUGCUUCAGCGAAGCCACGCCCAACCCGAAUACCGUGGCAGCCUGUCCGAGCCAACCAAACGCAUCAUGGAGAUGAUACCUCACCUCAACAGUUACAACUGCUUUUUUCUGGAUUCAAACCACUGAUAAGCUAUAAGCAAAGAUAAGGAAAAACAGCCCGGAAGCAGCUCGUCUCUCCCCGCUGUCUCUGAUUACGCUCCCGUUGCCAUGGCGGUGAGGGUGGAGGCAGAGGACGUCAAACCGCCACCGGACCUCCCGUUGCUGACGCAGCACACUGAAAUUGAGGAAGAGGAGGAAGAAGAGGAAUUGGUUUCACAUGUUUAUGCUGCCUCCCUCUCUCCUUGCCCCUCCUCUGUGCAUCUUCCCCCGUCACCUACAGGACCCACCCGUAGGAGAAGUUUGUACCAGAGGGGCGGGGCUGUGUUCAGAAAUCCUGAUUUAGAGGCGGAGUCUUUGCAAAUGAUGAGGGAGGAGCAUGAGCUUCAGUUAGCCAAUCACAGGAAACUAGGGUUAUUUCUAGAGGAGAAAAGAGAGGGACUUAAGAGAAAGCAACAUUUGGAGGAGGAACUUUUAAGGGCCAAGGUCAAAGUGGAGAAACUGAGGGCAGCCCGACUCCGCCAUGGACUGCCACUGAUGUAAACACAUACGCACAUAGACGUGUGUGGAAUAUACGACACGAUAUGAACAAAAGAAGAUACAAACA